AUGGUAGCAUCACUCAACACCCCUAGUGUCCUCGCUUUUGACGCUGAGGGUCGGGCCAUUGACUUUGACGUCUGGGUAGAUGACCUGCAGCUUUUCCUACAGUGCGAUAGGGCAGACGGUCUCUCCCUCUUUGACCUCACCUCUGGUGCCUCUCCUGCCCCUGCUGCUGAUGCCGACGCCACUGUUCGCUCAAAGUGGGCCACACGCGAUGCUGCUGCACGUCUUGCUGUGCGUCGCCACCUGCCUACCUCUGAGCGUGCGCACUUUAGCCAGUACAAGAGUGCUCACACCUUGUACGACGCUGUAGUUGCGCGCUACUCCUCCCCUGCCAGUGCUGCACUGAGCCGCCUCAUGCUACCGUACCUCUUCCCUGACCUUGCUGCCUUUCCCACAGUCGCUGACCUCAUUACGCACCUCCGCACUAGUGACACUCGCUACCGCGCUGCGCUUCCUGCUGAAUUCUGCUCCAAGAACCCCCCCCCCAUGUACAUCACCCUCUACUACAUAGUCACCCGGCUCCCUGACUCCCUUCGCGUAGUCAGGGACCACUUCCUCUCAGUUUGCCCCACCACUCUUACCGUUGACCUCCUCGAGAAGGCCCUCCUAGCAGCAGAGAAGAGCAUAGUCGCUGUAGGAGCCUCUCGUGGUGACCCUCGCACCCCCGUCUUUGAGGGUCGGUCGGCGCUGCGUCUGCCCCGAGCGGGAGACGCCGCACCGGCAAGGGCAAGGGGGGCAAGGGUGCUGGAGGGGUUGGCGGGGGUGGCGGAGGUGGCGGUGGAGGCAGUGGAGGGGGUGGGGGUGGUGGUGGGAGUGGUGGCGGGGGUGGAGGUGUCGGUGGCGGCAGUGGAGGCGGAGGCGGCGGCGGCGGUGGCGGUGGGAGCGGAGGUGGCGGAGGUGGCGGCGGUGGAGGAGGCGGCGGCGGAGGAGGUGGAGCUGGUCGGGGUGGCGCUGCGCAGAGGGUCGGCUCCGGUGGUGCGGGGUGGGGGUACUGGUCCGUGCACCUACGUCCUACGCACCGGCGACCGCGCGGGUGAGCAGUGCGGGGGUGCGCACUCCACCCAGCGCUGCUUUGGCCGCCUGACGGACGCUUGGUGUCACCAGUUCCCUGAGGCCACUGAGAUCCCCCGCUGGGGCGAGCUGUCUAGGGCGGGUGUAGCUGUCUUUGACCUUGACUUUGAUGCUAUUCUUGCUGCCAUGUAUGCUGUGACUAUUAGUGAUGAGGGUGACUGUUACCGGUGUUUUCCGCCCGACCCGGGCAUUGAGACUGCUGCUCUAGGUACUGGUGAGGCUGCUGCUCUAGGUGCUAGCGAGGCUGCUGCUCUAGGUGCUUGUGUGUCUGCUCCCUCAGGUGCUGGUGAGUCUGCUCUCUCAGGUACUGCGUCGGCUUCGGCCUCCCACACCUUCACCCUUGACUCGGGGGCUUCUCGCUCCUUCUUUCGAGACCGCACCACACUCACGCCGCUUGGCCGGCCAGUUGCAGUCUCUCUGGCAGACCCCUCUGGGGGUCCUGUCCUUGCUCACUUCUCCACUGUCCUCCCGUGUCCGGCGGCCCCCUCUGGCACCCUGUCUGGUCUUUACCUCCCCUCGUUCUCUACGAACUUGGUGAGUGGUGCUGACCUACAGGAUGCGGGGGUUCACCAGUUCACUCCUGCGAGUCAGCGGGUGACCCACUGCACGGACGCUCGGACAGGCCGACACCUGGCCACGUUUACACGUCGGCCGGGGUCGAGCCUGUCUGGUCCUGAGUCUGCCCCCUGUUCGUGUCGCCUCCUGUCGCACGAGACUCUCCUCUGGCACCACCGCCUUGGUCACCCCUCCCUGCUUCGUCUCCGAGGCAUGGCCUCCCGUGUCCUUGUCUCUGGUCUUCCCCGGUCCCUCCCUCCCCUUCCUCCGGGGCCUGGCCCUACCUGCGUCCCCUGUGUCGAGGGGCGGCAGCGGGCUGCCCCUCACUCCUCCCAGUUUCCUCCGACAGAGGCCCCGCUGCAGACGCUUCACAUGGACGUGUGGGGCCCGGCCCGCGUCCGUGGACAGGGUCACGAGCGCUACUUCCUGCUGGUGGUUGACGACUACUCGCGUUACACCACAGUCUUCCCCUUGCGCAGCAAGGGUGAUGUCACUGAGGUGUUGAUCGACUGGAUCCGCGCAGCUCAUCUCCAGCUCAGGCAGAGCUUCGGCUCGGACUUUCCUGUUCUGCGUCUGCACUCUGACAGAGGUGGAGAGUUCUCCUCUGGCCUUCUGCGAGCCUACUGUCGUGCACGAGGCAUCCGCCAGACCUUCACGCUUCCGGACUCUCCACAGCAAAAUGGGAUUGCUGAGCGCCGCAUUGGCAUGGUCAUGGACGUCGCCCGUACGUCCAUGAUGCAUGCGGCUGCCCCCCAUUUUCUGUGGCCGUUUGCGGUUCGGUACGCGGCGCAUCAGAUCAACCUUCACCCCAGGGUCUCCAUGCCGGAGACCUCCCCAGCUUUGCUGUGGACGGGGAAGGUUGGCGAUGCGUCUGCGUUCCGUGUCUGGGGAUCUCGGGCGUUUGUCCGCGACUUGUCUGCGGACAAGCUGUCCCCUCGUGCUGCUCCUUGCGUCUUCCUUGGCUUCCCCCCUGACGCGCCAGGGUGGCAGUUCUACCACCCCACCUCUCGCCGUGUUCUGUCCUCCCAGGACGUCACGUUUGACGAGUCGGUCCCCUACUACCGCCUCUUCCCCUACCGCACUCCGUCCCUCCCCCCGCCACCGCUCUUCCUUGUGCCAGGUCCCCCCCCGGUAGACCCCCUCCCCCCUCAGGGUCCUGCCCCUUCAGGUGUGUCCCAGGUAGACGCCGUCGAGCCUGUCGAGGUUACUGGUGACUCUGGUGCUGCUGAGGGUGCUGAGCCUGGGGGUGCUGACUCUGGGGGUGCUGAGCGUGUGGGUGCUACGCCUGGGGGUGCUGAGCCUGAGGGUGCUACUCCUGGGGGUGCUGAGCCUGGGGGUGCUGAGCCUGGGGGUGCUACUACUGGGGGUGCUGAGCCUGGGGGUGCUGAGCCUGGGGGUGCUGAGCCUGGGGGUGCCACGCCUGGAGGUGCUGAGCCUGGGGGUGCGGAGCCUGAGGGAGCUGGGCCUGCUCGUGUGGCGUCUGGCGGUGCUGAGCCUGGAGGUUCUCCGGGUGCUUCGUCUCGGCGGGAGCCACUCUCUCCACAGGAGCUGCGCGAGUGGUUUGCCCGGCGCUGGAGGCGUGCUGCUGGAGCUGGAGGUUCUUCGGCUGCUGAGGGUGCUGGUGCCGCGGGUCCCGGAGGUGCUCGUACUGGGAGUACUGGAGCUGCUGGGCCUGCGGGUACGACUGGAGCUGGAGCUGCUGAGGGUGUUGACGCUGAGGCUACUGCUGUCGGUCCUGGAGGCGGUCCUGCUGGGGGUGCUACUGGUGCUGCUGGAGGUACUGGAGCUGGAGGUGCUGCUGGCGCUGGUGCUGCCGCUGGGGGUACUGGUGCUGUCCCUGCCGUGUCUGGAGUCGCCGCGCGGCCUCGGCCGUACUUCGUUCCGCUCCUUCAGCAGGUUCUUGGUCUCCCGCCUUCUACUGGUCCUCCUCCUCCCUUAGAGUGUCCACAGCCUGUCCCGUCACAGUUACAGUUACAGCCGGCCUCCCCACUGCCAGCUCCUUCUCCCUACACUGGUCCUACUGGAGGUCUGGCUGAGCGUCGUGAGCCUGCAUCUCGCCCUGCGUCGCCUGUCCGUCCUGCUCGCUCUAGUGGUCGUGGUUCGCGUCAGCGUCCUCCUCCUGUCCCUGGCAUGCACCGGAUGUCUCUGCGUCCGUCCACUGCUCCUCUGCGUGCCCCUUUGCCUUCUCCUCCUGAGUCCUCUCUUCCUGCUCUUCCCGACCCGGAGUCGGACUCUCUUCGUGCUGCCAGUCCUACUGUCACGCGUCUCCUUGCUACUGUCAUCACUGACCCUUCUUUUGAGUCCACUGCUGCGUCUGCCCUAGUUGCUGAGCUCGUCGACUUUGCUGCUCGCUGUCGUCUAGACUACGCUGCUAGUCUUGUCGUUGAGUCUGAGUCUGUCUGUCCUCCGUCCGUCGGGGGUGAGUGUGCCCUUGGCACGGACGUCCUUGAGGACAGGCAGGAGGAGUUCCAGUGUUUGGCUGCUGCUUCACCUCAUCUCGUGUCCGUACUGCUUACCCCUGAGGGAGACCCGGAUGCACUUGACAUCCCGACUCCGCGCUCUUACGCGGAGGCGAUAGAGGGUCCCCACUCCUCUCAGUGGCAGGCAGCUAUGGACACAGAGAUGGCUUCCUGGAAGUCCACAGGCACCUACGUUGACGAGGUUCCCCCGCCUGGGGCGAACAUCGUCAGUGGCAUGUGGAUUUUCAGGGUGAAGCGACCGCCGGGUUCUCCGCCUGUCUUCAAGGCGCGUUACGUGGCUCGUGGCUUCAGUCAGCGGCAGGGAGUUGACUACUUUCAGACCUUCUCUCCCACCCCGAAGAUGACCACUCUUCGGGUACUGCUGCACAUAGCUGCUCACCGCGACUACGAGCUGCACUCUCUUGACUUCAGCACUGCUUUCUUGCAGGGCAGCCUGCACGAGGAGAUCUGGCUGCGUCGCCCACCUGGCUUCACUGGGUAUUUUCCUCCUGGCACCCAGUGGAGCCUCCGGCGACCAGUCUACGGUCUCCGCCAGGCACCGCGUGAGUGGCACGACACACUGAGGACUACACUUGCGGCUCUUGGGUUUGCUCCCUCUACUGCCGACCCGUCGCUGUUUCUGCGCACCGACACUUCUUUGCCGCCGUUCUACAUCCUCGUGUACGUCGACGACUUGGUCUUUGCCACAGCUGACACUGCUGGACUCGCCCACGUGAAGUCCGAGCUGCAGAAGAGACACACGUGCACAGACCUGGGUGAACUGCGCAGCUACCUUGGCUUGCAGAUCACCCGGGACAGAGCACGCCGCACCAUUACCCUGACUCAGUCACACAUGGUGCAGCAGGUCCUUCAGCGCUUCGGCUUCACGUACUCCUCGCCUCAGGCCACUCCUCUGCCUACUCGCCACUCGCUCUCAGCUCUGCCUUCGGAUGAGUCCGUAGAGUCGAGUGGCCCGUACCCAGAGCUUGUUGGCUGCCUCAUGUACCUGAUGACCUGCACACGACCUGACCUCGCAUACCCUCUUAGCAUUCUCGCACGCUAUGUUGCUCCUGGGAGACACAGACCGGAGCACAUGGCUGCAGCGAAGAGGGUGUUGCGUUACUUGUGCAGUACGUCGGGCAUGGGGCUUGUGCUUGGAGGGCAGAGUCCAGUGGUCCUCACUGGGCACGCAGACGCUUCUUGGGCUGACGACCAGGCUACGCAGCGGUCGUCACAGGGUUACACCUUCAGCCUUGGUUCCGGCUCUGUUUCUUGGCGGGCUACCCGCUCGUCUUCUGUUCUCGGCUCCAGUUGUGAGGCUGAGAUCUACGCCGGGGCCAUGGCUGCACAGGAGCUUCGCUGGCUCACCAACCUGCUGACUGACCUCGGAGAGCCGCCUCGUUCUCCUCCAGUGCUGUACGUAGACAACAAGGCCAUGCUGGCCUUGUGUCGAGAGCAGAGACUGGAGCACAGAACGAAGCACAUUGCUCUCCGCUACUUCCUUGCUCGUGAGCUACAGCAGCGUGGUCAGCUGCGGCUUGCGUACGUGGCCUCUCAGGCCAACACUGCUGAUAUCUUCACCAAGGCACUUGCGCCUUGUGAUCAUCAGCGCUUCUGUACUCAGCUGGGUCUUGUGCCUACCUUGCCUCACUUGCUCACCCCUUGA